UGAUAAAUUGUACAGCUGUGUAUAAAAACAAACCUAACACAACAUUUCUUUAAAACAACCAUUUUUUCUCCUUUCUUCUACUCAGGGUUAUGGUUUCUUUGUAUGUUGGGUCUUUGGUGCCCCCUUUGGUGUGGGUGUUGUGAACAGUACACUCACACAGGUGCAAGGUGUCACAAAAUCCUGGGCUGCACAACCACAGAGGGACAUGGCAAAACAUCGUGGUGAUGAAAUUUACGUCACAAACACGAUGGUCAACCAGAUAGUCGAUGAGAAAGUGGACCAUGAACGAAGCAAAACGCUUUCCUUUCAUGACCGCCCUUUAGUAUUUUGAUCCUUACAACACCAGCUGUUUGAUGUCACAAAUGGGUUGUGCAUUUCAUACUAAAGCUAUAUUUCUCUUAGCCGUUCGCACGCUUUCCAUGAGGCUGGAGAGGUUUGUGGCAAGUUCUGUCCUUACAUAUCUUGGGAAUGCAUAGUAUGGUGGUGGAUACAUUCAACAAGUCUAAUUUGUUAAAAGGAACAGAGCUAACAUCUCUGCAUCUCCUAUCAGAAUUUCUUUCAGAGAUGUACCGCCUGACCCUGCUGACACUUGCUGUGUUACUCUACUCUUCGCCCUUGGUAACUGGAGGGAAGAUUCUGGUCUUCCCUGUGGAUGGGAGCCACUGGAUCAACAUGAAAGUCAUCAUUGAAGAGCUUCACACUCGAGGACAUGAAGUCACAGUAUUGUGCCCAUCAGACCCUUGGUACAUCAAGGACGACUCCCCCUAUUACAAGGCCAUCAAUAUCAAUUCUCCUGCUGGUUUUGAUAGAGAUAAAAUGGAAUCAUACGUAUUGAAAACUCUGGACAUACGUCGCCAGGGAGCUUCACUUUGGACCCGCCUUUCUCUUGUGCACGAUUUAUUUGAACAAGCUUAUCUGAUGCAUAAAUUGGUGCUUCAAAUGGUGGAAACAAUAUUUGAGGAUGAAAAGCUGAUGCAGAGCCUUCGUGAUGCCAAAUUUGACCUAGUCCUAACUGACCCUGCAUUUGGUGGUGGGGUGUUUAUGGCUCAACGUUUGGGUCUUCCCCUUGUCUUUAAUGCCAGAUGGACUAUUCAGGGUGAGGGGCAUGAACCAAUCGCACCUUCCCCAUUUUCUUAUGUUCCUAUAACAGGAUCAGAGCUAAGUGAUAAGAUGACUUUUACUGAAAGGGUCAAGAACAUCCUUUAUUUUCUCUUCACAUGUGUUCAGACUUGGUAUGUUGUGACACCAAAUUACAAACCCUUUACUCAUCGUCACAUAAACACUGACAUUCAUUACAUGGAGCUGCUGCAAGCAGCUGAUAUCUGGUUGAUGAGAAACGAUUUCACCUUUGAGUUUCCACGACCUACCAUGCCAAAUAUCGUAUACAUCUCAGGAUUUCAGUGCAAACCUUCCAAACCUCUCUCUAAAGAUCUGGAGGACUUUGUACAGAGCUCUGGGGAACAUGGAGUCAUUGUGAUGACUCUGGGAACUCUGGUGGAAAAACUUCCCCUGGACGUCACUGAGGACAUUGCUGCUGCUUUUGCAGAACUUCCUCAGAAGGUCAUCUGGAGGCACAAAGGCAAGAAGCCAUCCACCCUUGGCAACAAUACUUURCUYUUGGACUGGUUGCCCCAAAAUGACCUCCUGGGACACCCCAAGACCAGGGUUUUUGUGGCUCAUGGAGGCACCAAUGGGAUACAGGAGGCCAUCUACCAYGGCGUACCCCUGGUUGGAAUGCCGCUCAUGUUUGACCAGCAGGACAACUUCUUCAAAAUGGAAGUAAGAGGUGUGGCCAAAGUCCUGGACUAUGGAACUGUGAACAAAGACAUCUUCCUGGAGGCUCUGAAGGAGGUUCUUUAUGAACCGUCAUACAGGGAGAAGAUGAAGGAGCUGUCCAGCCUGCACAGAGAUCAGCCCAUGAAACCACUGGACCGAGCCAUGUUCUGGAUUGAGUUUGUCAUGAGGCACAAAGGAGCCGCACAUCUGAGGACAGAGUCCUACAAGAUGUCCACCAUCCAGUACUACUCAAUAGAUGUAAUGGCUUUCCUACUGGCAGUUAUUUUUAUUGCAUUCACUGUUCUUUUCUCUAUAUUGAAGUUGUUCUUCAUAAAAGUAUUUGGCAGAAAAGUAAAAAAAGAAUAAAUUGUUGGUAUUCGAAAAAAAGGUGGUUUAGUUAGUAGAUCUCAGUUAUUUUUAAUGAGUGUUGACAAACAAACCUGCAUAUUCAUGUAUAUGGAUUGAACAAGAUUUUUGUAUUUAAAGAGAGACAAUAAAACUUGCAUCAAAGCUGCUUUCAUUAAAAUAAAGUGAAUAAACUGUGGCUCAGAUAACGAACACAAACAUUCUUAUAUGUCAGUAACAAGUUAAACUCCACCCCUGUGUGUCUCCUACAUUUCAAUAUUUUUUCAUAAUGAAAUAUUUAACAUAAAUAAUCACUUUUGCAGGCUGAUUAUUUGUGUUAUAUUUUGAUUAGCUGUUUAGAUUUUGGAUUUUCUUGAUCUUAAAAUACAACUUAAGCAAAAUACAAUAUUGUGUCUGUUAUUAUACUGAUAGAAUACACUGCAUUAGAGCUCAUAAUUAAAUCAUUUCAUU